AUGGGAAAUAGACAACUGGACCUACAACCUGGACUGUGUGACAAUGCAAAAGGACUUAAAGCCUUCUAUGAUGCAAUAAAAUAUGGACCUAAUCAUCUGAUGGUUUUUGGUGGAGUAUGUGCAACAGUCACUUCUAUCAUUGCUGAAUCCCUAAAAGGAUGGAAUUUGGUUCAGCUUUCAUUUGCAGCAACAACCCCAGAGUUAGCUGAUAAGAAAAAAUAUCCUUAUUUCUUCCGGACAGUGCCAUCUGAUAAUGCAGUGAAUCCUGCGAUUUUGAAGUUACUCAAAUAUUAUCAAUGGAAGCGGGUGGGAACUCUAACCCAGGAUGUACAAAGAUUCUCUGAGGUGAGGAACGAUCUGACCAGUGUUCUGUAUGGUGAAGACAUUGAAAUUUCAGAUACUGAGAGUUUCUCCAAUGAUCCCUGCACCAAUGUCAAAAAGCUCAAGGGUAAUGAUGUUCGGAUAAUCCUUGGCCAGUUUGAUGAGCAAAUGGCAGCAAAAGUGUUCUGUUGUGCUUAUGAUGAGGAGAUGUAUGGCAGUAAAUAUCAAUGGAUCAUUCCUGGAUGGUAUGAAAGUUCAUGGUGGGACUCUUGGAUUAAUUCGUCACAGUGUGUCAGCAAAAACCUUCUUACUGCCAUGGAAGGUUACAUUGGAGUGGAUUUUGAACCUCUCAGUUCAAAAGUGAUAAAGACCAUAUCAGGACGGACACCACAGCAGUAUGAAAAGGAGUAUAAUGAUAAACGGGGAGAUGGACAGUCCAGUAAAUUUCAUGGUUAUGCCUAUGAUGGAAUAUGGGUGAUUGCCAAAACACUGCAGCGGGCAAUGAAAUAUCUCAACACUACAAACAAACACCAAAAAAUUGAGGAUUUUAACUACACAAACCACAAACUCGGCAAAAUAUUUCUGGAUGCUAUGAAUGAAACCAACUUCUUUGGUGUAACGGGUCAAGUUGUAUUCAGAAAUGGAGAGAGAAUGGGAACCAUCAAAUUUACACAGUUUCAAGAUAGAAAGGAAGUGAAGGUGGGAGAGUAUAAUGCUGUAGCUGAUACACUGGAAAUAAUCAACAACACCAUCAGGUUCCAAGGAUUGGAGCCUCCAAAGGACAAAACGAUUAUACAAGAACAGCUGCGUAAGAUCUCCUUGCCUCUCUACAGUAUUCUUUCAGCACUCACUAUCCUAGGAAUGAUCAUGGCCAGCGCUUUUUUGUUCUUUAACAUCAAAAACAGAAAUCAGAAGCUAAUAAAGAUGUCCAGUCCCUACAUGAACAACCUUAUUAUCCUUGGGGGGAUGCUUUCCUAUGCAUCUAUUUUUCUUUUUGGCCUUGAUGGAUCCUUUGUCUCUGAAAAGACAUUUGAGACACUUUGCACAGUCCGGACGUGGAUUCUUACAGUGGGCUACACAACUGCAUUUGGAGCAAUGUUUGCAAAAACCUGGAGAGUUCAUGCAAUUUUCAAAAAUGUAAAAAUGAAGAAAAAGAUCAUUAAGGACCAGAAGCUGAUGGUGAUAGUUGGAGGGAUGCUGCUGAUUGAUCUUUGCAUCUUGAUUUGCUGGCAGGUUGUGGACCCCUUGAGAAGGACAGUGGAAAAGUACAACAUGGAGCCGGACCCUGCUGGCAGAGAUAUUUCCAUUCGUCCCAUUUUAGAGCACUGUGAAAACACUCACAUGACCAUUUGGCUUGGCAUUGUCUAUGCCUACAAAGGGCUGCUCAUGUUAUUUGGUUGUUUCUUAGCAUGGGAGACUCGAAAUGUCAGCAUUCCUGCUUUGAAUGACAGCAAAUACAUUGGGAUGAGUGUAUACAACGUGGGGAUCAUGUGUAUUAUUGGAGCUGCAGUUUCAUUCCUCACUCGGGAUCAACCCAAUGUUCAGUUCUGCAUUGUUGCUUUAGUCAUUAUAUUCUGCAGUACCAUUACACUCUGCCUUGUUUUUGUACCUAAGUUAAUCACACUGAGGACAAAUCCUGAUGCAGCCACUCAGAACAGACGUUUCCAAUUCACUCAAAAUCAAAAGAAAGAAGACUCAAAAACAUCAACAUCAGUCACCAGUGUCAAUCAAGCCAGUACAUCUCGGCUAGAAGGACUGCAGUCAGAAAACCACCGCUUGAGAAUGAAAAUCACAGAGCUGGACAAAGAUUUAGAAGAGGUUACUAUGCAGCUCCAGGACACACCUGAGAAGACAACAUACAUUAAGCAGAACCACUAUCAGGAUCUUAAUGACAUCCUCAGUAUACGGAACUUUACAGACAGCAAAGAUGGUGAGAAAGCGGUUUUGAAAAAUCACCUUGAUCAAAAUCCACAAGCACAGUGGAGCACAACAGAGCCCUCCAGAACAAGCAAAGAUCCUAUAGAAGACAUCAACUCUCCAGAACAUAUACAACGCCGAUUGUCUUUACAACUGCCCAUUCUUCACCAUGCCUAUUUGCCAUCCAUAGGAGGAGUUGACGCUAGCUGUGCCAGUCCAUGUGUAAGCCCCAGUGCCAGUCCUCGGCACAGACACGUGCCACCAUCUUUUCGAGUGAUGGUUUCUGGCCUGUAGAAAUGGGAGAUCAGAGCUUCCUGAACUGCUUUUAAGUACUCAAUGACUGGACUGAACAUCAGACAUAGAACUCUGCUAUAAACAUACUAUUUGCUCUUACCACAGGGAGGAACUAGUGCUAAGGCCAUCAUCCUGGGAGUACCAGUAUAACUCAUGUGGAAAGGCGAGAGCAAGAGAUACCUAGAGUUUGAUCUGUAGCCUUAUUCAUGGAGCUUUUAUUUCUUCACAAAGAAGUCACUGAAAAUAUUUCUUCCCAAAUUUCUACUAGCAACAAGGAGGCUGGGAAAUACGAAUCUUGCAAAAAAUGAGACAAUUAAAAAAAAAAAAACCACUCAACUGUCACUGUUACAUGGCUGCUGAAAACAUGGAACUAUAUGCUGUCCGUGUAAGAAAAAUAAAAUGGUAGAGCUAUAACAUUUACUGAAAAUAGAUACACUUCAUUUUACAAAAGUUGUGUUAAAUUGUUGGAAGCAUUCUGCACUGGUUAGUCUUGCCUGUUUUCAUUUCAGAGAGGAUUUUCAGUGGGAAGGGGGGAUUUUGAGAAAUGAUUCCUGAAGUGUGAUUUAGACUCUGUGUUGCUAAUAGCAGGGUCCCCUUGUAACUAAAAACUAUACAUAGGGCAGAAACAGAGGUUGUAGCAACAGCCCUGAGGCAUUACCUGCUACAGAGUUGCAGUUCUGAGUCAGAGCUCUUAACAGUUCUCCAGGGAUUAGCUGUGGUGAUUGCCAGGUUCCCAUGCUGACCAUCAGGGACUUCAUUUUGACAGAGUUUCUGCCUCUCUUUCAAAAUAAACACAACCAACCGUAAUAUACAAAGCUGGCAGAAAAAGUCCUAGGGCUGCUAACUCAAGAAGCUGAGGAUGGAUGGGUAGUAAAGUCUUAAUGUCACAGGAUGGAUUGAUUUUCACAGUUUGUUUGAAUUAUGCCACACAUAAUUACAAUCAUAUUAAUUUAGUACACAGGGUGGGUGGGGGAACAGGGCACAGCACCUUGCGGCUGCAGGCAAUUUCUGCAGAGUGCAUAGACAAUAAUAUACACUACCUUUGCUUGGUACCUGCAUGUGUGACAGUUGUAACUGGUAAUAGGUGGUAUAAACGAAGUUUGCCCAUAGAAUAUUUUGUUUGAAUAUGAAAAAUAAAGGUGUGGGAAAAGCAUGAAUUUUAAUCUCUCUGUUGAUAAGGGCUGAUCGUUUUUCAUAUUUGAGCACAUACCUUAGCUCCACACCCCUAAGCAAAGUUAUUCCAAAGUAUUAUAGUUGUAAGAUGUUCUAGCUCAGUGGGUCUCAAACUUUUUUACUAGCAACCCCUUUCACAUUGC